UUGGUGUGUGUAGGAGCGGCUUCUAUAAAUGGUAAGACAGUCAGGAGCAACCCUGUCUCCUGGCAUAGUAUCUCAGCCAUUUCAAGAGGAGAACAGAGAAGAAGCAGAGGCUGAAGAAACAUGGCCAAUUUGCAGCUCAAAGGCUUCGACUGGAACAUGGAAGCUAACAAACGGGGACAUCACACAGACAAGUACUAUCAUAAAGAACUCAUCACAAGGAGGGGCCAGCCCUUCCAGGUCAGGAUGCUCAUGAACCAACCCAUAAGUAAAGAUGUGAACAUAAUCUUCACAUGUUCAAUAGGUCCAAAUGCCUCUGAAGCAGCCCGGACCAAAAAUGUAUUUCCUUUGACUACUGGAUCCACCAAUAAUGCCUGGAGUGCAGUAAUCGUGUCCAACAAUGGCAACUCAUUGAUUGUCAACAUAUCCAGUCCAGCCAAUGCCCCUAUUGGUCGAUACGCACUCAGCCUCCAGAUUUCUUCUCAAAAUGGACGCAUCUCUGAAAAUUUGGGGACAUGGAUUCUACUGUUUAACCCUUGGUUUCAAGGGGAUGCUGUGUACAUGAUGAAUAAUGCAGAGAGAGAAGAAUAUGUAGAAGAAGAUGCUGGCAUCAUAUACGUAGGAAGUGUGAAUCGAAUCAGCAUGGUUGGCUGGAAUUAUGGUCAGUUUGAGGACGACAUCCUGAAUAUUUGCCUCUCCAUCCUGGACCGGAGUCUCAAUUUCCGCCGUGACCCUGUCACCGACGUGGCCCGAAGAAAUGACCCGAAAUAUAUUGGCCGUGUGCUGAGCGGCAUGAUCAAUAGCAAUGAUGACAACGGUGUGCUAGCUGGGAACUGGAGUGGGGAUUACUCUGGUGGCAAGGACCCCAGAAACUGGAACGGCAGCGUGGAGAUCCUUCAGGAAUGGAAGAAAAAUCGUUUCCAGCCCGUCCGCUUUGGCCAGUGUUGGGUCUUUGCUGGGACCCUGAAUACAGUGCUUCGAUGUUUGGGGAUUCCUUCCCGGGUGAUCACCAACUUUAACUCGGCCCACGACACAGACCGCAGCCUAACGGUAGAUGUCUACUAUGACUCUCAGGGAAACCCAUUAGAGAGAGGCAGUGACAGCGUUUGGAACUUCCAUGUCUGGAAUGAAGCCUGGUUUGUUCGAGCUGACUUGAGCCCAGCAUAUAAUGGAUGGCAGGUUUUGGAUGCAACUCCACAGGAGAGGAGUCAAGGAGUGUUCCAGUGUGGUCCUGCUUCUGUCAUUGCUGUCCAGCAAGGUGAUGUGAACUUCGAUUAUGACAUGCCCUUUGUGUUUGCCGAAGUGAAUGCUGAUUCUAUCACUUGGAUGGUUACCCCUGAUGGAAAGAACAGGCGAAACUCCACCAAAACUGACUCAGUGGGCAAGUUCAUCAGCACCAAGGCUGUGGGCAGCAAUUCUCGAGUGGAUGUCACAGACAAAUACAAGCCUCCUGAAGGUUCCAAACAAGAGAGGGAUGUGUUCAUGAAGGCUUUGCAGAAGCUGAAGCCGGAAGCUGGGCGUUUCGGUGCCACAUCAUCUGAGGCAGGAGGGUCAGCGGAGAAGCCCUCCAGCAUCUCUGGGAAGUUCAAGGUCAAUGGCACCCUGGAAGUGGGGAAAGAGGUCAACCUGGCCCUGCAGCUUAAAAACAUGUCAGGAGACUGGAAGACUAUAACAGUGAACAUGACAGCCUGGACUAUUGUGUAUAAUGGGACCCUGGUACAUGAGGUGUGGAAGAAUUCCUUCACCGCUUCUCUGAACCCUGAAGAAGAGGCAGAGUACCCAGUAAGGAUCUCAUACCCUCAAUAUGAAAACUACUUGACAGCAGACAACAUGGUCCGUAUCACUGCUGUGUGUCAAGUCUCUGAUGAGGCUGAGGUAGUGGUGGAGAGAGAUGUCAUUUUGGACAACCCUGCCAUCACUCUGGAGUUACUGGACCAGGCCAGAGUAAAAACCCCCGUAAAUGUGCGGGUUCUGUUUGCCAACCCCCUGGAUAUACCAGUGGAUAAUUGUGUGCUCACGGUGGAAGGCAGCGGUCUCAUGCGAGGGAACCUCAAAAUUAGGGUGCCAUCCCUAAGCCCCAAGGAGCACUCCAACUUCAAGUUUGAGAUCACCCCCCUCAGGAGCGGCACCAAACAGCUGAACAUUGACUUCUCCUGCAACAAGUUUCCAGCAAUCAAGGCCUUCAUGUCUGUUGAUGUGACCGAAUGAGGAGGUUGGAGCUAUCUGCUGUCCACCUCCCCUCCUGCCUGGAUAAACUGGGGUCAAGGGCUUGUUGAGGUAGCCUUGUUACCCAGCCAGGGCUGCCCUGCCUGGAAAGCCCUCCCAAGAGCCAGGCUAUUUAAACACCUUGGUCAAGUCCCCUUCUCUAUACCCACACACAUCUUCUCAUACAUAUAUGCAUAUGCACACAUUCUUUCUUACAUGCAUAAUCAUAUACAUACAUUCUUUCUCCAAAGCACAAAUAUGUACCCCCCUCACAUAUUCUUUUUCCAGUGCAUAUAUGCUCUCUCUCUCUCACUCACUCACACAUACACACACAUACACACACACACACACACUCUCUCUCUCUCUUUCUCUCUCUCUCUCUCUCUCUCUCUCUCUAACUCACUCACUUUCUUCUCAGGUGGUAUCUGCACAGGAUGCCCCCACUUUACAUUUGCACAUUCCCCAGUAGGUAAUUCCCUCCUCAGGCUACAGCUGCCUCCUCUGUUUUUUCUCUAAGCACCCUCUAUCUUGGAUUUGCACUCUACUUGACCUUUGAACUUUUAGGGUAGAAAGAAUAAUAAUAGUCCCCCUAAUUAAUUUUGAGAUAGUACUUUAUGGUCUCCCAAGCUCAUUAUUGCUUAUAUCUUACAGUUUACAAAGGGCUUUCACAUCCAUUGUCUCAUUGGAUGCUUUCAGCAACCCUAUGAGGGUAUAACAAGGUAGGGAUUUUUAUCCCCAUUUUAUGGAUAGGGAAAUUGAGAGUCAGAAAAAUAAAGCAGUUUGGCCACCCAGCUAGUUAAUGACAGAAGCAGGAUCCAAACCAAAAUCUAAAGACUCCCAAGUUGAGGGCUCUUUCCAUUGUAUCCAUUGCAGAUGCCUAAUCAGUCAUCUCUUUUAAUAAAUUGUAACUAUUUUUAAAAAUCAUAUCAUAGAAGAAAAAUCUAUCAUAAAAGAAGAGGAUGCUUUGGAUCAUUUGCCAACUUGAUAUUAGUGUUGAUACUUCUCCUGCUUCUACCUCAGACAUGAGGGUGUGGGGGAUAAAACCUGCCCCAGGAUACAAUUCCAUACAUUAAACAUUGGUAAUAAUAAAAAAGUUAUACAAUAG